AUGUAUACCCAAUCACCUUUUACACCUGCUCAGAUUGAAGAGAAGCUUCAACAGGCUAUAGUUGCACUUCAAUUAAAAGAAUUUAAAUCAAUUAGAAAGGCUGCAGAGCAUUUUGAAGUCUUUAAGUCCACUCUAGCCGAUAGGCUGGCUGGGAAGAAAACACGUUCCCAAACCCACGAAAUGGCUCAAAUUCUUUCAAACGCAGAAGAAAAUACUCUUAUGAUAUAUAUAAUAUGGACGAAAUCGGAUUUGGAGUUUUAUAGAUUAGAAUAG